UGAAGAAGCAGUCAGUGUUAGUAGAUACCAUCUUUGAUGAAGGUUUGACUAACCGUGUUCUUUUUAUGAUUAUUAGGAAUACCACAAGGAGUUACCCUUAGGGCUAUUUUGUUUAUUUUAGAAAUAUUGGAUACUUUGAUCAUUUGUCAGUGGACACAAUAGUUUUGUUAAACAUUAUUGCCUUGGGAUAGAUGGUCAAUACACAUUUGUCAUAAUUGACAAGCUUUAGACAAAACAAGUGAACAAAGGUGUAAAAAUAGAUAUCUUUAAGGACAACACUUUCCUUCUGGCGUUUUUAAUUAAGGGAGACACACAAGUAGAGAUUUAACAGGAGAUUGUAACAGUGAGAUAAAGUUCAACAUUUUAAUACCUUUUAAGGUAAAUUAAUUUAAGUACUUACCUAAGUCAGCAAGUUUGAAAUUUAGUGUUAUAAAUAUAACUGAACAGCGGAUGUUAUCGUAUAUCUUCACAGAUAAAUUAUCUGAUAUCUCAGCAGAUAAAAACUAUCGAAAUCAAGUAAUAAAACUUUACAUAAACUCGGAUAUAUUCAAUCUCGAAAGAUCUAGAGCUUCAAGGAAAAAUCAUUAAAAUGAUGUAAUAAGAAAAAUUCAAUCGCCAAGGACAUUACAACCUACUACGAAAACGAACUCCUGAACAUUACGAAACGUCAUUCUAAUAAUAGUUACAAAUAAGUAAUUACAGAGCGUUACACGGUAAUACAAAACGUCUCGGUUUGAUGGAUGAAGCGUGUUGUUAUAAGGACACCACCGCUAUAAUAAACUCGUACGAAAAUUACGUUACAACCUCACAGUUGAAGAUGAACAACGACACAGUGAACACGAUUUUAGCUUGCGAUGAAUGUGAAGAAAUGAAGAAACUUGACGGAAUAGACUGGUACGCUGGAUUGUUCUCAAAACUGGUGUUUCUUGCCACGCUAAUGAUUCUAACGUCAACUGCAAAUAUUUCUUUAAUGUAUAUUGCCAGUAGAACAAAAUCGCUUGUUAAUAAUACAAAAGUAUUUUUCAAUAGCCUAUGCAUGGCACAUCUUAUGGGGAGCUUUAUUGUGAUUCCGUUUUGGAUUGUGACAAGGUUGUCUCCUGAAAUGGCAAAGAACACACCAGGAUUUUGUGAGGCAUCUUCAUUCUUCUGGAUAUUAAUGAUUCUUGCUUCAUUUUAUUCAUUAUCAGCGCUAUCUCUUGACAGAUUUUUCAUAAUUUCAAAUCCGAUGAGAUACCCAAUUAAAGCAACGACGAACAAAAAACUAGUAGUUGUUUCAUUACUGUGGAUCUUUUGUAUUGUGUUCGCGGCAGCUCCAAUUUUAGGAUGGGGCGAGUAUACAUUCCAGCCAGAUGCCGUUCCAAUCUGUGGACUUGACAUGAAAUUUUCUCAGUCAUUUACAAUCGUUCUCAUUGUACUUGGAUUCUGUGCACCCUUGAUCAUAGAUAUAUUCUGUUGUGGAAGAAUAAUAUCUAUAGCUCGGCGUCAGUCAAGGUCCAUAGAGUCUAGGAAAGGUUCUGACGGUUCCACAUCAAGUACAACUUCGUCGCGAAGUACCUCAUCUACAAAAAGUAUUCAACCAAUUCCAAAGUUGACCAAACUGAAACAAAAGAUCAACUCUCUGAGACUAGUCUUUGCAGGAACUGGCAGUUUCCUGAUAUGUUGGUUACCGUACCUUGGCGCUCACGUCUGGAUGACAACAGUCAGGAAUCUAAGUCAUAACAAAGAGUCCAUGCCGUACAUCCUCGAGUUCAUAGUCAUGUGCAUUGCCCUGGUCAACGGUCUCAUCAACCCCGUAGUUAUCAUGCUUUCAAACCGAGAUUAUAGAAAAGAAUUGAAAGGACUAUUAUUCAAACGGUUUGGAUCAAUCAGUUCUGAUGAACGCAGCGAAACCGAGUCCACACCUGCUCAUGCCAGACGAACCCAGUUUAAAAGUCUGAAUCUCACAAACACUUUCCAAACAAUUCAGGAAUUCCACAUAGAUGUUUCUCCACACACACCCCAGGAAACAUCGUGUCUUAGAAAACAGGAGAGCGAUAGUGCACUGGAUAGCCCAGCUGACAGAAGUCCCUCAACACCAUCUACAGAGCUUCUAGAUAUUCGUAAACUUUCCGUCAUGUCCAACUGUACGGAAUGUAUCAAACUUAUAACGAGAUCAAAAUCAAACGGCAGUAAUAAUGAACUUGAGUCUCCUAUGGAGUUGAUAAGUGGGUUUCCAUCUCCACAUGGAACUGUAACAAAAACCAGCUCGAAUGAGCAAACCGAGACUAAGAUUGACUUUGAUCAUAUCGUCACUGGUAUAGUGAUAAAGUGAAUUCCUGAACAUGGACUAAAUUCUGAUUACGCGCAUCGAAAUGCGUUAGAUCAAAUUUAACUGUUCGAGACACGAUUCGUAACAAAUGGAGCUUAUUUCGACGAAGGGGAUAGCAUGACUCGUGUUUACCUAUCAUAACCAUCAUAGUUACAGAUAGUAAAGUAAAUAUAACACAGUAAAGUCAUAGAGGAGAGAUCAAAUUUAGCACGUUCUUCAAUGGUUUAGUUCUUCAAAUAAUAAUAAAGAUUUUGUUGAGUAAAAUACAUUUUAUGCAUAUUGUCGAACUAAUUAAGUUAUUGCAAAUGACUUUUAAACAAACAGGAAAAUAGAAGUAUAAAAACGUCAUUAAUAUUAAUAACAAUAUUUAAAGACUACCUUAUUAAUUUGAUCAUAACACAAAUUGUAAGACGUGGUCCAUGUCGUGUCAAAUUAACAAAAAAUACCUUUCGAGUUGACUUAAAGUUGAAGGACGGUUAAAGGACGAGGCCACGUAAUCACGUGAUGGAGUAGAGGUGAGGAGAGCAGCCGAAGUUCAGUCUAGUGUUCUUAACUAGCACAGGGACAAUCAAACAUUCAUACAAGAUGUUGUCAACUUUUUUUGUCUUGGUUCACUAUGUACAACAUUUUAAUAUACUACAUUUGUCACCUUUGAACUACAAUUGUACAACUUUUGAACAUAGAUAAUAUUUGGUUAUUAUAAAUCUGAUAAAACAAUAUACUUUUAUAAUGAAGAUCUGAUACAAUUAUACUGUAAUAAAAGUAUCAUUAAAACCAAACUCUUGUU